UCUUCGUCGCUAUGAAUGCCCUUGCAGUUCCAGUUGCAUUAUGGGAUAGACAAUCAAGACCAUGUAGGCACACCAGCACCACUGGUGGCAGCAAUGCACAAUGAAUUUGGUUUAAAAGCUGAAAAACAGAAGAAAAAAAAACAGAACUGGGAGGAGAACCGACAAGCUUGUUUCUUCAUUCUGCUCAUAAAACAACUCAGAGAAGAAUUCAGCAGCACUAACACUGAGCUCUCUGCUUCUGUCACCAUGGGUUCAAGUCAUUCUCAAGAGGACACGGAUCGAGUUUUAACCGCAAUGUUACAACUAGCAAGUGAUAUCAGUUUAGACGAUUCUUUGCUGAAGUAUUCUGGAGUAAACUCAGCAGUUGUACUGGAAGAUUCCACUUCAGAGUUUAUUCAAACCUCUCUGGACCAUGUGGGAGGAAUUUUGACUAAUUUUAAUGGUGUACCAAACGCUGUGGGUCUGGGAGCACUGGUUAUAUCGAUGUUUCUAAACAUUGCAGUCAGUUCUUCAGGGAACGACGGCGGCAACACGGCGGAAAUUCUGAGCCAUGUGAUAGCUGUAGAAAAGGCGGUGGCAGUGAGAGACACCAUGAACGAGUAUCUGAACCGACUUCACAUGUACAUGAGAGAACCGGUGAAGGCGCAAGAAGAAACGACGCGUCUGGAGAAACAGCUGAGUGAACAACUCACUCGUCUGAAGAACUCCAUGCUGUUCGAUGGCCACAUGAACCCAUCAUCACUAAAGUGGUGGAUAAACGGUGCAGCUUUCCAUUCCCAGAUGGUCAUUCACUCAGCCCGACUGGAGACGACCGACAAGAUCAUCGGGAGAGCUGAACUGGAAAACCGUGUCGCUUCUAUUGGCAGUGUGGUGGACUGACAUUAUUCAGACCUACAACAGCUGUUGGUGGCGCACCGUAAACUACUGGAACAUGAAGAAUUUAUUCGGGUGUUCGAUAACUGGGAACCAGUGAAACGAGUAAAAAGUUAUUUCCCCGAGCUUAAGUACAACAUCAAGGAACUGAUAACCCAGCACGAUACAUUUAAGGUGCCAUCGUAACGUUAAGCUCCUCCAUCUUGGAUGAUAGGUCUUGGAAAACCAGUAGUUGUUCACUAAAGGCGCAUUUACAUGAGAAGCGACACGUUAAGUUUUGUGCGCCGCUAUUUUGUCACUUCUCUUAAAUAAAAGCUUUUUUUUCUUCCAAAAAUGAUGCGGUUAUUUUGCAUUGUGCUUCAGUAUGAAGGUAGAAAUACUCUUAUCAUUAAAACACACUUAUGUUAUCAGAAAAAGUUUUAAGCUACUGACCACUUUAUAAGUAGCAUAUUUUGUUAGUGCUGAUAAUGAACUGUUCACUACAGAAUCUGUUAAAAAUCUGCCUUCUGGAUGAUGAUCUGGUUUUGCCGACAUCGGUCUUACUGCUCUACAUUACUGACUUGUAUACAAUGUUACAAUGUUUUUAAUCAUGAAACUCAUGGUUUUAAUUUUAAUAAGACGCUGUAAAUCUGUCGGUUAUCAGUUAAGAGAAAAUUUACAGCAAAAUUAACAUCCCUAAUAUAUAUGCAUUAUGUUUUAUGUUCUUUCAUGUAUUUCUUUAUGCUGAGUGACUCCAGCAAGUUCUUUAUCAGAGAUCAUUUCUUGGCUCUUUCUAUGAUGCAUUAUCUUUCUAUGCUGUUUUUUUUUUGUCUGUGAGGUUUUUUUUAAUUAUGAUGCAAUUUAAUAUUAUCACACAGUCGUUUUUAUGAAUCACUAUUAGUUAUGAGUACAGUACAUUAUGCAUGAGUAUAUAAUAGUAUAUUCACAGAUUUGCAGAUUUGUAUAAAGGUUCUGUAAUGAUCAUUUUAUUCUCAUACUCUCAGAUAAAUAGGUGUUGGUAGUUUCCAUUUAAAUAAGCAUGGAGAGUGAAUUUAUGCAUGCAUUUAACGUUAUAAUUUCUAGUAGUGCCUUAAAAGACACAAAGUUUCUGAUGAUGUAAGGGUGUGAGGGAGCAUCUCAUUUAAGGGAGAAUGCAGCUGUAACCAUACAGGAUAUUUGAAGAUGAAAAGUAAUUAAUUUGGAUAAUGUCGUGCUGCCCUGUGUGCUAUGCUCUGCCACGACCAACAGUAUAAACCAUUAUUUUUGUUUUUGUGUAAUGGAACUUAUGUGUGAAGAACCUUAUAUCAUGGUGUUAUCAGUAAGAAGAAUAAAUUUCCUCUAUUAAG